UAUCCAUAUUUAAUUUCUCCCAGCUUACCCGACAAGAUUUUCAAACACGUAUUGAACAAAUCAACAAAACUUAAAGCUGAAUGGGAAAAUAACGUUUAUGAGCCUAAUAUUCUUUUCCUCUGGGAUUGGAUGAUGGUGGUAGCGACUAUUAUAACAUCUUACAAGUUAUCCGAAAUUACCGUAGUUCAGUAG